AACUUACAUAUUAACCUUUUUCUAAGAUAAAAAUUGACUUAUGUAACAGAAAUUAAAAGAAAAUACAUUUUUAUAUAAAAAACAAUAUUUCUUAGUUAUACAUAUAUUCGGUAUGAACUUAAUUUACAAAUAAAAUAUAAAAUUUAUUUGAUGAGCCAUCUUGUAAUUAUGUGGCAGUGGAUUGCGAAGGAUGAAAAAUUGAUAUUGUCUAAAAACACGCAUAUGUCAUUGUCAUUCUCUCAUAUCGUCGAGGUAGCUGUUGGUGUCGAAUGGUGGACUUUAAUCCUGACGACAUAUUCAAUUUUGACAGUACCGAUUUUUCAUCUUUUGUAAUCUACUGCCGUAGUCGGCGCCGUGGGUCUUCCAUUCUCCCUCCAGCGUGUUCCGCAUUUCGAAGCACGGUGAGACUUUUCUCAGAAAGAAUCGAAAAGACACUUUGAUUCUACACGUUCAUCAGAGAGUUUCGGAGCAGCCUGCUGCAGCUACUUAAGUAAGGAAGUCCUCGUAGUCGUCCAGCUCCGUCGAAUCCAUUCACAUCUCUAUCGGAACGUCCACGAGCGUGUCCAGGACCAUGCCUUUCUCUAAAAGCAAAACAGACGAUAAAUCUGUAAAUUAUCAUGAGAUAGUGGAGCAGUCGAGAGAAACGUUUCGUACGGGUAAAACGUUGCCGUUAGAAUGGAGAAUUGGACAACUAAAACAGGUUCUACGUAUGCUGACGGAAACCUCUCCAGAAGCGGUAAAAGCAUUGGCGAAGGAUUUGCAUAGAUGCAAGUUCGAAACGUUUGCGGCGGAAAUAGAUUUUUUAACCGAAGAAAUCAAACACACGCUCAGGAAUAUUAAAGAGUGGUCAGCAACAGAGAAGCCGACGAAGCCAUGGAUGUACCUCUUCGACCAAGUGAAAAUCCAAAAAAAUCCUUAUGGGGUUGUAUUAGUCAUCGGUGCCUGGAAUUAUCCUAUUGUGCUGACUCUACUACCUAUGGUCGGAGCUAUCGCGGCUGGAAAUUGCGUGAUCGUGAAACCUUCCGAGAUUGCAGCAGCUUCGGCGAAAUAUUUAUAUGAAACCAUUCCAAAAUAUUUCGACACGGAAUGUUGCCGUGUAAUAAAGGGAGGAAUCGCAGAAACGACAGAGUUACUCAAGGAGCGUUUUGAUUAUAUCUUUUAUACUGGAUCCUCUUAUGUUGGAAAGAUUGUAGGGGCAGCUGCUGCUAAGAAUCUCACGCCUGUUACGUUAGAGUUGGGUGGAAAAAAUCCUCUAUAUGUCGAUAAUACCGUGGAUAUGUCAAUGGCAGCAAAACGCAUUUUAUGGGGUAAAUGCUUUAAUGUUGGUCAAACUUGUAUUGCGCCCGAUUAUAUGUUAUGCACACCCGAAGUACAGAAUAAAUUUAUUAAGGCAGCUAAGAAGAUCUUACACGAAUGGUACGGUGAAAAACCAUACGAGAAUCCUGACUUGGCACGUAUUGUUUCGGAAAAACAUUUUCGGCGGCUUGUCAGUUAUUUAAAUGAUAAAAGCCAGAUUGCUAUUGGUGGCGAUGUAAUUCCUGCAGAAUACUAUAUUUCGCCUACAAUACUUGUCAAUGUCAAACCAGAUGAUCCCAUCAUGCAAGAUGAAAUAUUCGGGCCGAUAUUGCCUAUAAUUAACGUUAAUAAUGCACGCGAGGCAAUUAACUUCAUCAGAAAAUAUGAAUGCCCACUGGCACUGUACAUAUUUUCCAAGAGCAAGGAGAUACAAGAUCAAAUUAUAGACCAAGUCAGCUGCGGAGCAGUGUGCGUCAACGACACCUUAUUGCAAUAUACCAUUGAAACUCUACCUUUUGGAGGAAUAGGACACUCCGGUAUGGGAGCCUAUCAUGGAAAAUACACGUUCGAUACAUUCACACAUAAGAAAGGUUGUGUGAUUCGAAAUUAUAACAAACUUGGAGAGCAUAUUGAGAUGCUACGUUUUCCACCCUACUCUGAUCAAAAAUUGAAUUUAUUUAGACAAGUGUCCAAAAGAAAAUAUUUUUCAAUUUUGUCCAGUUUCAAAUAUAGCCUGUAUUUAUUUACAUUCUGUCUCGGAGUAUUUGCCACAAUCGGAAUUGAUGCUGCAAAAAAAGUACUAAAAUGAUACAUUAUUCGACAACGAUAAUUUAUUUUUGUAUUUGCAAAUUUAAGUGGGCUAAUAAAGAAGUUUGUUAAUCCAUUUUUGCAUAAUAUACAAAAAUAAAUGAUCAUUGUUAAAUAAUGUAUAUGUAUAUGUAUAUGUAUA